CGGACCCAUUCGCUAGCCAAAGCGCAUGCGCAAACGGCAAUAUGGUUACGAAAAUGUUUGUUACGGGACGUUUUUUAGGUUAAAUUCCGCGUGAACUUUGCUCAGGGAGACAACGAAAGCGACACGAUGGCGGGAGAAGAGCAGGGGAGCGGGAGUAAGGGUUUCAGGCUGUUGGGGAUUUUGGAUGUUCAGAACACGCCGUGUGCCAGAGACGCCGUCCUGCACGGAGCGGGCGGCUCAAUAGCUGCUGGCCUGCUGCACUUUCUGGCAACUAGUCGUGUGAAGAGGUCUUUUGACGUGGGAUUUGCAGGAUUUAUGCUCACCACACUCGGGUCCUGGUUUUACUGCAGGAUGAACAACGCUAAGCUGCGCGUGCAGCAGAGGAUGAUCCAGGACGGCAUCAAGAACAAGGUUGUGUAUGAAGGGAGCGGUAUCGACCCCACAAACAAACCUGCAGCAGAAACGUCAUCAGGGCCCUCGUGACCUCCAGAACCAUCAUCCUCCUUCUUAUGUAAAGGCUGUGAGGAGAGGACGCUGCUGAGGUCCAACAAAGACUUUCAACCAGGUUUUUCUGUUGUUGCUUUGCAUUUGUUUUGUUUUGUUCUUCUUCAAAAGACUGACUUCAGCUGCGCAAAUGAUGGAAAGAAUUAAAAUCUAGUAUUUAAUUGUGGCUGUUUUUGUUUUUGUUUUGUCAAAUCCAAAUUAUUAAAAAUCAUAUUCCAGACAGCUGCAUACAGACUUUUUGACUGAAGGGUGAGCUGUUCCUAGAGUGCAUCCAGAUCCUGAAACAACAAAAAGUGUUUGAAUUUAUUGUUUUUUGAAUGUUGCUCCACCCCAACAUUGCAAAUAUACCCUGAAACCCUGUGCUGCGCAGCAUGCUGUGAUUUUAGUGUCAUUUCUUCUUUCACAAAGUUUGUUCUGCUCACCAAUCAGCAGCUAAGAAAGAAAGUGCUUUUGCACACAAAAAGGGACAACAUUUAGGUCUCCACCUAGAACUGUACAGAGGAUAUUGCCGUUAUCUGUGUGCAUCGGCCGCCGGGGUGCUCGGUUCUCUGUCAUUUGUCGAAGUCAAACGCCUGCUGUUAUGUCACAGUUGGGGUGUGGCCUAACUUGUAAUGUGCUUAAAAUUUUCUAGCCCAGGACAAAGCAGCAGGAGCUUUCUGUGUUCUACUGUUGAAUCAGCCUUUAAAGGUAUACUCUGCAGGAUUUUACAAAAAAACACUCGCAUAAAAGUAAUCCCUCUAAAUCCGCACUUUGGACCCACUAGAAGAUUGUGGCGGUGUGUUUAUCUGCAGACACUCUGCCUGAAUUCUCUUAUUUUGCUGUGUGCGGGACGUUGCUCAGCACAGUGCACACAUGCAGCAGGUCAUGAUUUUAUAAAGCAUGUAAGGACCGGCCAGGUGCAAGACCGUAAACCGGUUAUGAAAAUCACAAACGUAAUGAUCCUGCUUGGAUCUUCAUCAAGUCAGAUGCAUUUAUUGCUGACAUUCGUGUUUGCUGAUGAAGAUCUAAGCAGAAUUGAAAUGUCGUAAAUAAACUUGUGUGGCAUGGAGCAAGUGUGAAGGCGUUACCUUUUUCUUCACGUACACUGUUUUUUUAAAAGCUUUGCACCGAUGUGAUGUCUAAACCUAUCAAAAAGCCCUCUUUCUCCUGGGAAAGUCACAAACACAGAAGCAAAAACGCAGUCCAGUGAGACCAAAUAUACAAAAAUUAUCUGAAAACAUGCAACAAAAUCAUGUGUAUUCUGCAUUCCUUCAUGCCUGACGUUCAUCUCAUAUUAAAUGUGUGUGUUUUAUUAGCUAGCCAUUAGAUUUCAUUUAUUAUUUCCAUGGCAGAUGAUAUUGGGCACAAAACCGGCUUCAUUGGUCAGAUGGUCUGCGCUGUGCACUGCUACGUCUCCCAAAACCACACGAAACUGUUUUUAGGGAUGCCUAUUUGCAAACAAAAACCAACCUUUCCUGCACAGUAUGCCUUUAAAUUCACCUCAAACCUUGAUUGUUUUAUCAUAUAGUAUUUAAAAGUUGAAUAUAUGGAAAAUAAAUUAUGCACUGAUGUAAAA